AUGUCACCGCCAGCCAUGGCACCUGCGCUUGGCUCUGCUGGGAAGGAGUUCAAAAGAGAGUCUGGUGUGGCUCGUCUACUUGGGUCAGGGUCCGCCGGCGUUGCUGAGCUCCUCGUAUUCCACCCAGUCGACACUAUCGCAAAGCGUUUAAUGAGCAACUCGAGCAAGGUCACUUCAGUAUCAGCUUUCAACUCUGUCAUCUUCAGAGAAUACGCCUCGGCUCCUAUCACCUCAAAAUUCACCUCCCUCUUUCCUGGUCUGGGAUACGCUGCUGGAUAUAAGAUUCUUCAGCGAAUUUACAAGUAUGGCGGCCAGCCAUUCGUCCGCGACUACCUCACGCAGCACCACUCCUCCGAGUUCGAUAAUGCUUUUGGCAAGGGCACUGGAAAGGCCAUUCUCAAUGCGACCGCCGGCUCCCUCAUCGGUAUCGGUGAAAUUGUGCUCCUGCCCCUAGACGUUCUGAAGAUCAAGAGACAAACCAAUCCGGAAGCUUUCAGGAACCGCGGCUUUUUGCGCAUCGUCUCUGACGAAGGUAUGGGGCUUUAUCGUGGUGCGGGCUGGACUGCUGCCCGCAACGCCCCGGGGUCUUUCGCACUUUUCGGCGGUAGUGCUUGGGCCAAAGAGAAGUUGUUCAAGCUCGAGGAUUACAACAAGGCAACAUGGGCGCAGAAUUUUGUCGCCAGCGUGGCCGGCGCAUCGGCGUCUCUCAUUGUUUCUGCGCCUCUCGAUGUUAUCAAGACCAGGAUUCAGAACCGCAACUUCGAGAACCCCGAGAGCGGGUUUAAGAUCAUCGGCAAGAUGAUGAAGAACGAGGGCAUCACUUCUUUCUUUAAAGGCCUUACUCCCAAGAUGCUGAUGACUGGUCCAAAGCUUGUCUUUAGCUUUUGGCUGGCACAGACUCUGAUCCCGGCUUUCGGCAAGAUCGUGUGA